CGCGUAGCCGUGGAGGGGAUGACGGGUGCGUGCGAGCGCACGAGCCCGCCAGUUCUUCGGUGAGGCUCGAAGAGGUCAGGUCGAUUGUUGUCACUACUCCGCUCGAGGAAAACGCGACUCGUUUUGACACACGUACACACAGGUGCACAGCACGGUUCUUGUCCUUCGACUUGGUUGGUGUCGGUGCUCUCGGUAAAACGCGGUCGAGACGUGUCAACGUUGUUCUCGUUGCGUCGUCGCAUGUUCGUGCUGAUCCGUCGUGUGCAAGGGCGAGUCGCUCUCUCGUGAUCUUUGUUCGUUGUUGUUGUGGCUGGGCUGUUUCUCCAGGGCCAAAUGCGAACAGGUAGAAGAUACAUUCAUCGAUGAAAGACGAACGAGAGCAGAGGUUAUGACGACUGUCAUCGAGUGGAUUAUCGCCACUGCCGUUACAGUUUUGGAGAGAUAAGCAACCACUGUGUGUGCGUCCGCGGCCUAGUGACCUGACCUUGAGUCGGCCCGACCAGGUGUCUUGGUAAACCAGCGAGGCAGCUGAUUCCCGCGACUGGGUCUCGGAUAAAUAACAUUUCUGGGUAUAAAAAUCAGCUUGCAUGGACCUUGACUAGCCGGCCUUAAUGCGAGGACUGCAGGCAUUCAGUGCACCGAGAGAGGAAUCCUCAAGAAUGUGAACAAAUAAACAAACGCAAAUGCCCAACAAGGCACGGCCUCGUCGAGAGUGGUCUCCCCAGUCCCCUAUAGAUGUAUUGUGGAUGUCCCGCUCUGCCAUGAGGCCGGCCGAGGGCGACACAUCGGACUGCAUCCUGGUGGUUGGCAUAUCCAGACCGAAAAUGGCCGCUGCCUUCCUCACCGUUGUCCUACUCUCCCUCUUUCUGACCUUCCACAUUCUGUACGAUAGCGCGGUAUACAGUUUUCACGCAGCCUCCGCCGUCGAGGGUCGUACCGUCGAACUCGUCUCCCAAGUCCGCGCCACACCGCCUUUGCUCUUCUCCAGCAAGGUGCACUUCCCACGCACCAGCCGUCAUCUACCUCAGGCGAUCAUCAUCGGCGUACGGAAAUGCGGCACCAGGGCGCUCCUCGAGAUGCUCUUCCUUCACCCGCAAAUCCAGAAAGCCGCUGGCGAGGUACAUUUCUUCGACCGCGACGAUAAUUACGGGAAAGGCCUCGAGUGGUAUCGACGCAAGAUGCCUUAUUCCUUCAGGGGCCAAAUCACCAUCGAGAAAAGUCCCAGCUAUUUCGUCACGCCAGAGGUACCUGAAAGAAUCCGCGCGAUGAACGCGAGCGUGAAGCUGUUGCUGAUAGUGCGGGAACCAGUGACCAGAGCGAUAUCCGACUACACUCAGCUGCGGACGCACGCCGCGACCGCUUCGACCCUGACGAAUGGAACACCACGAAGCAUCCAGCAACAGCAGGCGGCGCGUAGCUUCGAGGAACUGGUGAUACGACCGGACGGCAGCAUCAACGAGUCGUACAGGCCAGUAGCGAUUUCCCUGUACCACACGUACAUGCAUAGGUGGCUGGAGGUGUUCUCCAGGGAGCAGAUCCUCAUAGUGAACGGUGACCAAUUGAUCGAGGACCCGGUGCCUCAGUUGCGCAGGAUCGAGAAUUUCCUCGGAUUGGAGCCACGGAUCGGCAGGCACAAUUUCUACUUCAACCACACGAAAGGCUUCUACUGUCUGCGCAAUGAGACGUCGGAGAAAUGUCUGAAGGAGAGCAAAGGCAGACGACAUCCGCGCGUUAGUCCCGUGGUGGUCACCAAGCUAAGGAGGUUCUUCAACGAACACAAUCAACGAUUCUACGAGCUCGUAGGGGAAGAUCUCGGCUGGCCUGAGGAAUAGCCGUCGUAGAGAAGCGGUUCGAUCGCUGUGUCAUAGAUGCGGGUAGCCACGCGAGAAAGUCCAAAGUUCGCGAAGAAGCUGCUUUAUUUUUUCUAAACGUCGGAGUACGGCGCAGCUGGUACUGACGCGGUGCAAUUCUAUUUUUUUUUUUUCUUCUAGUUUCCGUCGAUCGAAUUUUAAGAAUGGAAAUCACGAAGAUCCCCUCGGCAUGGACGAGAUCUGAACGCGGAACGCGGAUUGUCCGCAAGCGGAACGAAGGAGCGGAUCAGCUACGGGGAACAGGUUGGUUCCGCGGGAACUCGGCUGGUCCGAGAGAACUUCUUAACAAAGCGAACGCGCGCAAGGUUUCUGCGCUUGACGCGGUUAAAGGAAUCUUGUAAUUGCUACGGAGUACCUCGAAAAUCUUGAUCCACGGGGAUUACGUGAGGAAGUUGGUCGAAAUUAGCGGAAACAUCGUCCAGGGAACCGAGGGCAAAUUAAGCAACGCCAGCCCUGUGAAAGAAGACAACAGCGCGGAAUUGAACGGCGAAUCAAGCGAACAUUUCGUGCCACAAAGGACGAAGGCAUCUUCGUGAUUCGAAUUCAUUAAUGGGAAUAUUCGAGCUUUUGAAGACUAAUUAGGAUCGCCUUUGGUUCGAGAAAUUACGCAACAAAGUUACCUGCAAGUGCAUCGUUGUCGUCUCAUAUUACUUCGUUGGAUAUUUGAAAAUUCUUCGGGAGCAGCAGUUUCGCCUGGUGCUUCUCGUCGCGGGAAGAAUCGAGGCUGAUCAGGAUAAGUACCUUUUAUAUUUUAUGAUUAGCCGUAACAUCGAAAACGGGUAACGCGUCGAUGGUUAAAUAUAAUUCAGCGAUUUAGGAACUGUCGAUGUGCUCGAAUUCCAAGGAUCAGUAAUCGUAUAAAAACCGAAUAGAAAUCUUUCAUUUCGCACGGACGAUGAUACAAAAAUUCUAAUUUCUCCGGAAUAUUAUUGAAAGUAAAAAGUAUCCACGAAACACGUUUCUCGUUCGUCAAAGAUUUAAUACUCGGUUAUCGUCUUGUUAACAGCGCGAGAUAUAAUAAAAGGAGUUCCUUUUGUAGGGAAGAAAGGAGAGAGUGCGAUUCGUUUUCUGAAAAAAGUGCAACAGUUCCGUUGCCGUCUCUUCGAAGAGGAGGCCCGAGCACGCGAACUCGAGUGAACAUCGAAGAGCCCGUGGCAAUGAGUCAAGCCAUUAAAUCGAGUGCAUGCAAUUUAAUGGAUAUAUGCUCCGGCCAGGACUCUUCAUUAUUAUCGGAGAUCCUGAGCCCCUCUCGUGUUCGCGUUUCAGCCGUUCGUCCUUGCGUGCUAAUUGCUUCGAGUUGUCGCUUCGUAGCGCCGACGAGACCGAUUUCUGCAUCUCGAUCGAUGCUCCGUCGUAAAACAACUUUCAUUCUCGUACAGUGUUGCGGUUAACGCGUCGUUGAUACAAUAGAAACAUGGAUUAGGAAAAUACGAAAAUACAAGCAAAUUACGAACAGCUUUCGGAUCACGAAAUAGAUAUAAAAAAUCGAGUCUAUCUCAGGGAAUCAGCUAAUUAUUCGAACUGCGUCGUAUGUUCCCGACAAUAGCCACCACUCACCGAAGACAGAAAUAUCCGUAAUUUCUAUCGAACAAGAUAAAAGGAUUCGUUCAGUGUGAAAUACCUACGAUCGUUCAACGAUACCUAACGCACAUACAAUUUAAUUCGCCAACGAUAAACGAACAUGCAACGCAGUCUGAAACUUCAUAUUUAUUUCCAUGAUAUAAAAUGCCCGAACUCUUCGCGCUAUAUACCGUACGAAUUUGCUUAACGCGUCUAUCGACGAAUUAUAUUUAUUACGAAACAAUUUAUUAUAAAAGAAAUAUAAACGAGAUACAAAACGUAGUUAGAGAAGCGUGCAACUUGGAAAUAUGGAACGUUAGAGACAUUUGUAAUAAAAGAAGCUCGUAGAAAAAUGACUCGCGCCAAGUCAGUUUAACAACGCGUGAUCCGAUAGGCAUCCGAUUAACUGGACGGCCGAAGAUGAUCGGCAGGCGUGGAAUUGAUUAAACGUUCGUCGUGGAAAGGGUAACGAGAUGAUCGAGGCGGACGAAGAAAAUUAGCCAGGCAGCGCGUGCGAAAUCGAUCGGGCAACGUCUGGCCGUGUGAAAGGUGGGCAAAUCGUCGGCAGAAAUAUCAGGGGUUGAAUAGCGUGGAACAUCGGGCAGCGAUCCUCGAUAUCAGUCACGGCCACGUGUAUCCCAGAGGAGCGGCCUAUCGCAGCCGAAACGUGCAAGAGUAGAUUCCGGAUGGGUCGUUACUCAGAGGGGCUGGAUAUCUGUCCGUCGAUUCUCGGUGGCGAACGAACGAAUUCGAGCACAUUGUACCUGGUGGCGCGGCUCUGCUCGACUCGGCUCGGCUUGGCGCGCCCGUCUAUUUGGGUCGAUCGAUCUCCGGUAAGAGAGCAGAAUGAUCCAUCGAUGCUGUUACCCGUUCCUCCGCGUGGCUGCGCGCAAGACCGCACGUCUUGUUCCAUCGUACAUUUACCUGCAUACACUCGCACACAUAUGUAUCGUACACGUACACGUACAGGAAAAGGAAACUCGCGCUCGCGUACACUCACACACACACACACACACACAUACGUACGUAGGUACGUGUUUACGUGCAUAGGUAACUAGAGACAACGGAGACGGACAGACGAACGGGACGGACAGACACUGUUCACAGGAAGUAACGCCGGCCAAAAUAAAAUAGAGACGAGAGUCCGAUGGAACGAUCGGUUUCAGGAGGAUAAGCCUCCUGAAGCUUCAGCGAUUCGUUUCGCGGGCCCCGUCGCCAUGGAUCACAUUGGUCCGUGAGUUUACAUAUCAUAUAGGGUUAACUAGUUGAUAUUACAGAAGAUUUAAUAUUUUUAUAAUCCACAUUGGAAGUUGUUAUAUCGAGUCGUUAAGCUUAUUGUGUACAGGAGGAGAGCCACCCGUCUGCAUAGGAACAAUGGGAUUUUAGAGAAGAAAGAGAGCUCUCUGUGAUCUUGGGUUUCGUCGCUCCGUCUAAUCUGUUAAUCGAUCGCGUUCGUUUCAUGUAUCGCGAGGCAGGAUAUCGUAGUUUUCUUUCGCCGCGCGCUGUGCACGACUCGCCGAAUGAAUUAGGGGGAUGAAAGGAGGAUCGUUUGGCGAGCGGCGUCGAGCCGUUCUGCUUCAGCAGCCAGAAAGGCUUUAACGGGAGGAGGAGUUGGUUAAAGCUGUAAUUUUUUAUACGUGUUACUAUUAUACCGUGAAAUGUUGGCGAAUUUCAUUCGUAGCGCGAUGCAACCAUAUCAUUUUUAUUACUAUUUGACGUAGUAAGAUACAUUAGGUCGGAAUAAACAAAAGUUAAACUGCACAUAUCGUUAGAAUUAAGAAAUAAUUGGUAAUUACUAAUCGUCGAUGUUCGAAUUGGAUACUGAUUGCGAUGUUUAAACCGAUUAUUUAAGAAGUUUCGAUAAGAAAGAGUAAAUAGAAUAUUCUUAAGAUCGUAGAUCGAAGUUAUCUGUGAGGAAUUAUUAUUGCGCUUAAUUCUGUACCAGCGGUUCUUGAUCAUCGUCGUCAUAAGCUGGGACGAAAUAAAGUUUCGAACGAUUCAAAAUCGACACGAACUUGCGAAGCAAGCUUCGACGUUCAUUCGUAUCACUUUUUAUCAAUUUAUCAAUUGCAUAAGUUAAAGGGCAGUUAAUUUGACUAAAAGCUCGAAGCUCGAUAUAAAAUCACAGAGGGAAUUAAAAUUUGUAAAUUGAUCGACAUUUUCGUUGCUUCUACUUUUUCGAGUACCUACUCUUUACUUUAAUACGCGCACACGUAUAUUUGAUUUGUAUAAAAACUAGGACGUAAGCGCGAAACGAAUACAUAUCAGAAAAUUGUGAUAAGGAGACGUAUAUAUAAAUUUUUAUAAGGUAUAUGUUUAGGCGAUUUAUUAAAAUAAUCGUGGAGUUAGAAGAUGGAAAAAAUGAUCGUUAAUUGAAGAAAGAAUAGCGCGACAAAUUUUCAUAUCCUGUAUUUUUCGAGGAGACACGACAAAUUUAGUAUAUUUUUAACGUUCACCGAAUUAAAUAAUAGUCGUUAAAUCACUUUGAUUUGUAGAUACGAAAAGAUAUUAUUCUAUAAACAAUGAUUCAAAUAUUGAUACUUUUUAGUAUAUUUGUAACGUUCACUGAAUUAAAUAGUAAACGUUAAAUCAUGUUGAUUUAUGGAUACCGAAAUAUAUUACCCGGUGAACAAUGAUUCAUAUAUUGAUACUCGAAUUUAAUAACGCGAUAUAUACGUUUUACACUUAGACUGGCUGUUUUAUUCCCCUCGUUAUACAAUGGUACCAAAAAUUUCUUCAUUUUGUUUAUCUGAUCUUUUUUACGCUUCCUUAUGCGUGGAAUAUUAAACCAAAAUUAGAUGAUCUAAAGAAGACGAUCCUAAAUUUUGUUUAAAAUAUACAAAAAAUAUGAAAAGAAGCGACUUUUUCAUCUUAAGCCAUAUAAUUAUGAAGAAUUUUCCAGGGCUUAACAAUUAAAAGAGAAUUCAUCCUGGGAGUUUACCUCUUGCGAAUUCUUAUUUUAAAAUCUAUAUCUAAACGAUCGAUCCGAAUCAUCGUAUCGUUGGUACGUGACGUCACGGAAGAAAAAUCCUGAAGGAAUCUGAGGAGUGCGUGUCACGGUUCACCUAAAAUUGAGCUAAAGCUAAACGAAAUCCUACGGAUAGCCUGUUGAUGUUCGUAUUCGUCGUAAUAAGGCUUGUAUCGCACACCCUAUGUAAACCUAUUCCAAUAUCCAAGGUUCCAGAUUGAAGCAAGGAUAUCAACAGCGGAGAAAAAGAGAAAAGGGAGCAGAGAAAUAGUAAGGGGCUCCUAUAUAUCACGUGAAGAUAAAAGUUCGCGAUAAAAUUGACCAUUUGUUUCUGAAGAAAAAAGAAGAGAGAACCCGGCGCGAAGAUUCCAUCGAUCGCUCCUGGGGACCCGUGACGCCUCGAUGAACGAACCUGGAAUGCGUAUAAUAGUCAGAGAAAAUUGCUCGGAAAUCUUUCAAUACGUUCUCUUCCGUGCUAUGUCGUCCACUGGCCAUUUGUACCGAAUUCGCGACAAAAAUAGAGAUCCCGUUAUACUUCGAAUUGGAUUUUUCGACAGUGAGAAACAAGAUUUCUCUGAACGCUGUGCAAUUUUAUAAAUUUCAGAUUUAUAACCCUUGACAAAAAGUACUUAUAUACGACUAGCCUUUUUGGAACAUCCUGUAUAUAUGUAGUUUUAUUAAAAACCAAAACGGUAGUAUUUAUAGUGGAAGUAAUCGUUUUGUUCGAUCAGAAACGUAUCGUACAAACGUAUUUCGAUAUAAAUUUUGCCCUCUUUUCUUUUUUUUUUUUUUUUUUGCUUUGCAAAGUAUGUUAUGUACCGAAAAAUUUGCAGGAAAUUUGCAAUUUAAAUCGAAAACACUUUUCACGGUGUCGUUCAUUAAAUCGCGUAUCUUUUUCGGCCCGGUGCACCGCGGUAUCGCGAAAUUACACGGAGAAACGAAAACUCGUUUCCAUUGAGUGAGCGGGCAAGGAAAGUUAACUGAGAAACCUUGGAAAAUCCACCGUUCGUCUCCGUUUCCAACGAACGCCGUAAAAGUCACGUUAUAAGAAGCUGCUAGUAAAAAAAAUGUUCGCUAACAGAAAUAUACGGGAUCGUUUCAAAAGAUAGCUUGUUAAGAAAUAAAUUGAUCUAUUCGCGUAUAGAUAUCCGCUGUUUUCAUAGGGCUUUUCUUUCAUUGUAAGAAGCAAGUUUCCACGUAAAGAUAUCGAUGAUAUUCUUACAACGUAUCGUUUCUGUAACAUAUGUAAAUGACAGGGGUAUUCUUUGAUAUUUCAAUUACCGUACCCAUAGUGCAGUUUUGAGUGAUACGAAGAACGAUAGUGAUCGAACGAUACGAUAGUUAUGUAGACAAGGGUAUCAGAAAUCGCGAAUGCUUUGCACGCUUCAAGUGUGACACUCGAUAUCGGAAAGCGUACUUUUCCUUCGGGAACAGGAACAGGAGAAGUGUCAAGGAAUUCGGUCAAUCGCGAAUAAACUUGUCACGGAAAGCUUAGGUGUUUGAUCAAGGUUUUAUCCUACGAGUAUCUUUGAAGCCUCCAGAAAUAUCACUAUAAUCGACGAAAAAUUCUCCGUUCUUGACCUUCUGACCUCCUUUAAACCUGAAAUUUUAAUAAAAGGAACAGGUUGGAAAAGAAGCGAAAAAAAGUGGUAUCGGAUAUUGUUAUUGCUCUUUUUCUCUUUUUUUUUUUUUUUUUUGUUACUAGCCUUUAUUAUAAUCGAUCCGUUGCAUUCCUCGUCGCAUUUCGUUCUAGUCUAUAUCUCUGUACUAUGAAUAACAGCUUUAUUUUUUCUAACAAACAAUUCACCUAAAAAAAAAUAUUUCGUCCCGAACCUCUACGAUUUUUUAUAAAAUACGGUGUUUUCUAUUAAAUAUAUUAAAUUUAAUAUCGUAUCGUAUUUGUUAUCUCUUUAUUUAUUUUUAUUUACUCAGUGCACUGUCCGUACACUACGUGUGUUUGUAUCUACGUUCUCGUCGCGCUUUGACGAAUACAUCUAUGAAACAUACAAAUAUUCCUAACUUACAAAUUAAAACCAUUUCAACCAGUACCAAUUAAAUAUAUCUUAUCUAUAUAAAUUAAACUUAACUCUGUUCAGACUUUCCUUUUCUAUUUUACAUUUACGUCCUCUUCGUUACCAGCCUUUGUACUAACCACUGCCUCUAAUUUCGCCAUCGAACUUUUCAUAUCUUCUGCUAAUCUCACACUGUCUGUUAGCAUAUUUUCGAUUUUCCUUUUCAACUUCAGACUGGCGCCCAGCUUAUUCACCCAACCCCCGAGGUCUUCCCAUAACUUUCCUCUCAAACGCUACGUAACUCCAUACAUGCAUCAUACUCUCUCUCUCUCUCUUCCUCCCUCUCUUUCGCUCUUUCUCUCUCUCUCUCUCUCUCUCACACACACAUAAUCUGCAUUCUUUUACUCCUAUUCCUCUCGUAUUCCUUACAUUCCCACAUCUUAAUCGUGCCCACUAUUCCUUGUCGUUACCUCCGAUAUUCUUCUUCAUCCAAUAGACUGCCAUACCCAGCUCCUCUUCCCUGGACUUGUAAGUAUCGCGAUAACUUGACCUGUCUAUCCUACUGCAACGUUCAUGCAUAUCUUACUGCACCUUCCUUCCUAUUGCAUUUUUCAGUUUCUGCUCUAUCCUGCUGGUGCAUUGUAUUUGUUAGACGCAGCUUUAUUCUAGGCAACACUUUGGUUUGGAUACAAAAAUAACACAGGAUUCUUGGUGAAUCUCUCAGAUAGCAAUUUCUUACAACGGUACACGCGCGACACCGUGGCAGAUACAAAACGGAAGUGGUGCAACUUGAAGAGAAAAAUGGAAGUGAAGAAAAAAGAAAGAAGAAAGGAAAGAAACAAGAAGAAAUAAAGUCUGUGUGCAAAUUCGGCAUAGACGGUGAAUUCGAACGUGGUUUUUCACAAUACCGUAUCGUAUACUUCUUUAUCGUAUUGUGAUUUACGCCUGUUACGAUCUUUUUUGACUCAUGCGCGCGUUUCAUACGUUUAACCUGUACCUUAAUUUAUUCCUAUGCUCCCGCCGGUCGUAAUGGUUCGUAAUAGUCGUAAAAGUUGCGUGCGUCAGGCUGUCAUUAAUCCUGAUUAUUCUCGGUCGCUUCACGGGUCACGCUUGCACGAUCAAUUCUUACGUUUUGUAAUUCUCCCUCGUAGCAUAUUUUUCCAAACGAUCGUCGAUGUAUAAAUACUGACUUUCGCGUGCGUCUGUCGCCAUAAUAUACAAAUUCUCAUAUUUCUUCUUUGCUUUCUGCCAGAGCAAGCUAGCUAUUCUUUCGUACGACGAUUUCCCUAGCGACGCACUACGUGUAACUUGCCAUUUCUUGUCCGACGAGGAAGAUGUAUCGCGUCAAUAGCACCCAUGUUAUAUACUAGCCUAAUUAAUACUUAAUUAGAAUGUAUAUAGAGGAAGAUAAGACAAGUGGUGUUGGACCAAUAUUGUAUUGCAACAGGACCACUACCUUCGUCUUAAAUCUUAAUUUACUAUCUAAAUGUAGUUAUAUUUUAAUUUAUUAUAUAUCUUCCAGUUCGUCUUGUCUCGUUGUUCCAACAGUAAGAUUUGCCUGCUAACGCGUUUCUAGGUAUAUUUCUAUACCAUAAUCCUGUAUGCGAGCGUACGUUUCCUUAUUAAUGAUCCUCUAUGUUUGUGUCAGUCUUUGGUAUUUCGUUCCAGUUCUGGAUGUUGUUCUGUGGUUUCUCUAUUCGUCCAAGCUCCAGAAUACUCUCAACUUUAUGCUCCCCUUUAUGAAGUUUGCUAGUUGGCAUAUUAAUUUUCUGCUUUUCGUUGUUAUCAUUUCUGUUUAUUCCUCAUUUCUCAAAGUGAUUGGUCUGACUUCUGUGUAUACUGUGCAGCCAUUGAUCGAUUAUCGUUUCCCUAUUUCCUGUUUCCUCAAUUUCGCACAGUCGACGUAAUAGGUUCUCCUGUAUUUUAUACUUAAAUUCAUGUCCUAUCGUCGUUGUCCAACUCCGUUUACCAAUUAAUCUUACCCAUGCAAUACUUUCUAUCGACAGUGGUUUAUUUAAUGUUAGAUAGUUGGUCGCUUAUCGAUGGCAUAUCCUGAAUUCUUUUGUCGUCACGGUGUAUAUCAAAUUUGAUAUUUUAAUAUAUUACAUUUCGUUAAAAUUGUUUCACGUUAAAUAAAAGCUCGAUAUCGUGCUUAUCAAAACGUGUAAAUAAAAUUGCAUUUAUUAAAAAGUCUAUAACGUCGAAAAUGGAAGCUAAAUAAAAUAAGUGAAACAAUACAGUUCGAUUACAGUAUCUAAAGGUACACGUUAACUUGGCAUUCGUAUACACUGAUACGCUGUAGGUACAUAAAUUUCCACUUGAAAAAUUAAUAUUAAUUUACAACACGACGCAACAUUUUAUCGAAAAAGCAAUUUCAAAUUUCCUGCAAAAUUCUACUCGUCGUGCUCGCGCUCGAUAUGCAAUUUUUUAAAACGUACAAUGAUUCUUCCUUGAAGGUUUAACGUUUCAUUAAAAAUACACUGUUAUUCCAUAAUUUAUUGGAAAACAGCGAAGUUUCUGAUAAUGGAUCUUAUCGUUUUCUACCGAAUAAUCAAUUUUUCCUGCCCAUCACAAUAUUUGUCAUAUUUUACGAACUCGCUUCAGCAUGAAGUACGAAUUGAGAUUCUUUAAGUUCGACGCGGUCAUUAACAAAUGCGAAAGCACGGAACUACGGCAAAUAAAUUAACAGAUACGAUGAAAUAACGAUUUAUCUUUGGAAAUUUACGUAUUUAUCAAGAUGAAAUAGCCUACUUCGUCACGUUUCGUUGGAAGUGAAAUGUUAUUCGAUAAAAUGAUUCAUCGACACCGAUAUGAUAAUGAUGAAAUCUCAUUUUCAAUAUGUUUCACGUGAUUCUAACCGGUUCUUCCAAUUUUACUACUACAUUUCUACAUGGAAGUGACGAAAAAAAUUAAUUUGAAUAAAAUCAAUAGAGUUUCUUUCUCGAUAUCGUCUUGAAAGCUGUGCAAAAAAAAAAAGAGGAGCAGAGCAAAUACAGUUAGAAAGCUCGCCGUGAAACGAAUAUUUUUCAUCGCGGUUGUUUGUUUUUCAGUGGAACGACUGUUUAAUCUGAUGCAAAAGCAUCGGAACACCGUUAUUUACUCGCGAUAACAUCGUUAUAAAUAUUGUUGGUCAAUGGUGAAACAUUUCGAUCCAGAUUCUGCGGCGUAAGAGAGUAUUUCAUAAAUUUCAUAAACGUGAUAUACAUCGUAGGAUCUUAUGCUACAAUUAAUUUAUUUACAAUCAAUGGAUUGUAUAGAUGUUGAUUAAACAGGAAACGAUGGUAGUUUAACGUAAACUAAUCGCAAUAACGUACUAUAAUUUAGACAAAUAAAUAGUUAAUUCGCAACUCUCGUCACCACGAAUCCAACGCUCUCUCUCUCGACAACGCACUCUCUGACUUCUCAACUAACAUUCUCCGGCUUCUCCACUGACACUGACUGUUAAUUCGUCUUUCUCUCUUAGCAUCCUUUUGUCUUUUUAUCUUAGCUCCACCACGCAGGUGUUCCGCGACCGCUCGUGGUCAGGGUCAGUCAUCAGGACUUUUCCACGAAACUAUUCGAUUGAAGGAUCGACGGCACAUUGUUGGGCCUGUCGACGCCUCGGCUUUCUCGCGACAUCGUUUAUGGUUCGCCCGAUGUCUCUUAGGCCUUUUGUCCAUGAUACUACAACGUACAUAAAUUCCCAGGAUGAAAUGAACAUAAUUUUCCAGCAUGUACAAGCGACUUUAAAAAAUUAUCAAACUUGUAUCGUACUUUGUUGGAAGCAGAGAUGGAAGAUAAAGUCUAAUACGCUAUCGAAUUAGUAUUAACAAAAUUAUUCUAAGAAAAUACUGCUACAUAAGGAGGCGUUAAAAAAUACUGAUCUAUUGUAUGAAAAAAAUUGCUCUCACUUACUGUAUAUCUACACAAGUCGAGAAACUCGUAAACCAAAGCAGAGCGGUCGCGACGAAUACGUCGACGAGUUCUGUAAAAGCGUAAUCUUCUCGUUUAGAAAACGCAAAAGCAACCAGCACAACGAUCGGUCACCUGAAUCCUACGAUCCUAAGAUCCACGAUCGGCUGCUUUAUCGUUUCGAAAUUUAUGGGUCGAGUCAGAACAAUUGCGUAUUUUGCACGAGUUUGGCGGAUACGUGGAGCAAUGAAAAAUUGAUUAAAAAUCGGCAGGAUCGCUUUUAAUCGAGGAUCGAGUCGAUUAAAGUUUGCGAAAUCUCGAAGAUUGAAUACGAAAUCUCGAACGAGGCUCUAAAUUUGGAAUAUUUCGAGGAAAAGCGGUUUUCAAGUUACGCUCUUCCAUAAGCUGAAACGCUUAACGCGGUUCUUGCGUUUAACGUUACAUCGCCUUCUGACGAAAUAUCUGCUAUACCAGCGUGUGUUAGAACGAUCACUGUAGAACUGUACUACAUCGUUAACGUCAGAACUAUAAUAGAACCAUAAUACGUACCUAAAUGUUGCCUAUAUAAAUCAGUAUAAAAUUGUAAGGAAAUUAAUUCAAUGAAAUGCAUCUAAAUAAUUGUGUACCCGCUAAAUAGAAGUCCGCAUUAAUUUUCGCAAAAACGUCUAUACGUUUUCGGUAGCCGUAAAAGGAGAAGAAGUAAUUAUUAUUUUAUUAUAACACAUAUGAUUGCAGUGUUAAUAAACAUCCACCAAAAUACGUUGUAGAGAGCCCUUAUUCGAGGUUUCCAUAGGAUUAUCGAGAAGCGUGUGACAGUAUCGGCGUAAUUCCCGGCGCGUAUUAAUUUCGAGGAAAGAAAGAGGGGACAAAAAGGUACAAAACAAGCGUUUCCCUGGCGUAGGCAAAGAGACGCGCCAUAAAUAAUCCGCUUUACAACGGCGGUGAGUCGUGCAUCCGCAGAGGUUAGCGUGAAAAGUGCAGCUUGCAUCGGUGCGCCCUGUUAUUCCGUGCAAUAAAUACCUCUCCGUGUUCGGGCAAAAGUUAAAUUUCGAUCACAGAGUGCUCGAUGUCGGGGUCGGAUAAACUCUGCAACACCCGAGCUAUAUUCGCUACGAAUCCGCUCGAAAUCCGUUCCGUGGUCUCACGAUUCGAAGCGACAACCGCGUCGAACUCCUUCACCACUGCGAUAAGUCGAGGAAACAAUCCCCUUCGAUCUCCUACCGUUGAAUUUCGCGUUACGGGAAAUCCUGCGUUCUGUACGCGUCGCGUACGAAAUCGUUCACAGGUUUCCUUCGUGAGAUUCACCAUGGGUCCAACGGUGUAUCGAAAAGAAUGAUUUUUUUCGAUGAUAAACGAGCCGCUCAUCCGCCAAAUCGGCUAACUCUGCGAAGCAGAGAGUAGGAAAAGUUGGUGAAAUUAUCUAAGAUAAGGAUCGAUCGAGUGCUGUGGCGCUUUAAAAAGUUCGAGAAAGUUAAUGGAGUUAACCGCUUUGGCCUGUGAAACGGCUCAAAUCGCGUACGCAGAUGUACGGAAUCUGGAGAACGUUUAAUCCGCGGUGUUCUAUUUGUACGGGAUAUUUAAAACUUGAUACACUUUAUAUGGGCUUUAUCGUGAAAGGUAUUUUCUUUUUUUGAAAAAUGUUAUUUCCUAAAUAUAUAAUAGCUACAUACUCUUGGGAAGGGCUUAACUGCGACGAAUAUAAGCUGGAAUCAAAAUUCGAUGGAAUACAAAUUUUAGCGAUAAGUUGGUAUUAAAUUUAAGACGAAUGCUGGUUUCGUAGGUUGAGAAGUAUAAGCGUUGAACAUAUCGCGAGCUUGAAAUUCAUCAUAACGCGUACAUAUCAAAGUGUGAUAUAAGCAAAUUUUUCUACGGUAUAAUAUAUAUAUUAUCUGUAUAUAUAUACACGUAUUUUUUACUACAGUAUAAUUUUGAUGCAAACGAUCAUUAAAAACUUGAGAAUUAUACAAUUUUUAAGGAGAUUAUUUUACGAAUCAAGGUAUCGAUCGAUAACGUUCAAUAAUUUCAGCGAUAUAACAAAUUGACGAUCGAAACGCAACGUAAUUUAACAUGUAAGAAAUAUUUAUCUUCUGUGAAUGAUUCGAAGAAGGUACUAGACUGAAAGAAUCAAGAAAAUAUAAACAUAAUUGACUGUGUGCAAAGUGGUCGACAAUUCGUUCAACGAAUCGCAUUGUAUGAGAUAGCGAAUAUUUUUUGACAUUUACUUAAAUUCUUUUAAUACGAAAUACAUGUAAACCAAACGAUAUAACGUAGAUCAUUUUCGUUGCUGGGAAAAAUUCAGAAUAUAAUUAUCUGCUUGUUUGCCUACGUUAAUUACUUCUUCUCGUGUAUAGUCGUUAGACGAAGGAAGAGAUCACCGCCGAAUAUGUACAAACAUAAGCUCGUAGCAAACGUUAGUUCGUCUCAACUGAUACGUCUAAUCGAUACUAAUCAAAGCGAAAUACAAACCUUGAUCUUUGCAAACUAGUCUUCGCAGGCAGUCGGUAAGCAGAUUUGAGCAAGAAUCAACUGAGUUUGCCUAAGCAAUAAUUUUGACGAAGUCUCGUAUAUGUAUCUGCAUAUACGUCGUACGAUUGCAGGCAAGUAAUUAUAGAAGCUGUGAGCAUUACAACUUAACCAGAUGAUGUUUCUUGCGAAUGAUUUCUACGAAGAGAAAGAUGAAUCGUUGGAAAUUUGUCGCUGAUACUGGGGGCAAUAUAUUUUCCAACACGAUCGAUAAAUAAUUUCCAAGUAUAAUAGAUUGUUAAUAUUUAUUUUCGCCUAAGUUUUAUCACGAUUUUUCAGAAUUCCAAAGUUUUAAUUAAAUUUUGGGAAAGUUCGAAAGCAGCGUUUGGGUUCGCCACAACUCUGAAUUAGUAAAACAUUCGAUUACAGUUGCUAUCUUUUUCAACUUCCCUCUAUAAUAGCAAGCAUCUGCUGCUUAUCGUGCAAAUUAAUCUUGUACCGUUCCGAUAUCUGAUUUGUCAUAAUCGACCGAGAUAAGCGAAACACCUGGAACUUUGCAUCGAAUAGAUGUCCCCCUCGUUGUUUGUCUUAUCUCGAGCGACGAGAUAGAAGACGACCGAAGUCGAAGACAAGACGACCAAGAGUUUUCUCGAAAACAUUCGCCAAACAUUCUGCAAAAACAGAGAUCAAACACAUUGGAGAUAAAAACGAGAGAGUCGUCAGCGAAGUAGCUCGGCAAAAGAAACGUCAUAGUUCUUUGCAGCCAGUUCGUUUCAAACGUGAAAUGUCCGCUGCAAAAAUGCGUCGCGACCGUCUCGCAACGGCAAAGUUGGCCCUGACACGAUGUACCCGCGUGCUACGUCGAGUUAGCUAGCGACGCAAGUGAAUUAUAUCUUGUUACGAACCGGAAGGGCCAACUCCUGUAGACGUCGCUCGCGCGAAUAAAUUGUAUCUCUCGCGGCGAAGUGGCCGACGACGACGCAAGGAGACCCAUCCCGCGGAAAGAUUAGAAACCGUGAGGCGAGCUGGCCCCGAGGAAAAAAAGAAACGAACGUUACUUUGUAGAGGAGCACCGUACAACCUGCUGAAUUAAUUCGGUGCACUAAAGACCCCGUGUCCCUUUUGCAGCGACGCAAACGUCGUCCAACCUUUUUCAUCCCUGUGUUUCACGUUGGUGCGCGUUCAAAGGCGGCCGCGGCAUUAUCGCGUUAGAUUUGGCUAUGUAGUUUGAAAGCUUCUGUCGAGUUCUCUGAGAAAAAGUUUUAUGCAGCAUGAUCUUUCGUAUUUAUUUCCCAGUGGAAUUUAUCGCGUGUCACGGAACAGCCAGUUUCACAUUAUCAGCCGACAGUAAGCAAAACUGGCUUUUUUAUAUAUUUGCACGUACAGUGAGAUUUUUGGAAGUUGGUGUAAAAAGGAAAUGUUUAUAAAAUGGAAACAAAGAGGGAGGAUGAAGAAGAUUUGAUUUGGUUUAAAGCAUCUGAGUCGUAACUUUUCGAUUAUGAACUACCUAAAUUCGUCCUAUUAUAAACAUAUAUUAUAAUUAUUAUAAACAGAGGGAAGGUGAAACGAAUAUAUUAUGUUCGAUAUUACGUUUAAAAAGGUAUCGUUCUACGCUCUUCAUCGUAGUAUUGUUUUAUAUGGACUUGCAAAGCAGGAGUUUAUUCCAAAGGAUAUUUUACAGUUUGGUAACGAAGAAAAUAGCGUUUAUAAUGAAAUGGCAGCUCUUAUACGAAUAUAACAGUACCUAUGUAUGUGCCAUUUAUUAAAAUGUAAAUCUUAUUCGACACAGCAUGGAAGAAAGAAAGCAUUCUCCAAGUAAAUUCCGAUUUGAAAAUAAAAAAGGCGGAAAAAGGUCGACAAGAACAGCCGGAUUAAGAUUCGAUCGAAGAACCCUCUAAGUUGUCAUGGUCGUUCCAUUAAUCUUCCUCGCGAAUCAUUUUUGCAUAUGACUAGGGCAUAAAUUUAAUUCAACGCGCUGCUCAGCUUCGUAAAUAGAAUGGUUAAAUAAUUCACGCGUUCUGUUACGUUGAUAUUCAGUUCCUGCUCUCAUAAUUCAUUUGCUCGCUUUACGUCGCCAGUAACUAUCGGGCCGUGAUCCAAAACUUUCACUCGCUACCCUCAAAUUAGCCGAUCGAUGUAUUUCAACGACUGCUCGACUCAGCUCGAAAAAUUUUCGCUUUCCUCCAGAAAUUCCAUGUAAAUUUUCUCACGUAUUCCACAAUUUUUCCUUCCAGAUAUGACAAGCCUGAAAGCUGUAUUCGAACAAAAAUUAGUUAAAAUUGGUCGACUGCGUUCGUAGCGAAAGUUUAAAUGGACUCGGGUGGAAAGUAGUUGCAGGGCUACCGAAUUUCCUAGUUAUAUGAACAGAAUUAAUUGAACAAGCGAGACAUUUAUAAUCCCGAAAGAACGUAUUUGCAAAUUAGAAAGGACACGAUCCAAACAUCGAAGCUACCUGUAUCUUUGGUAAAAAUAAAAGACCUUAUUUCCGAAAUAUUUUUUAAUUCCUAAGGAUUUAUAUAUUCGUAAAUUUAAAAGCGUACUGUAUCGAUACUCGCGCGCGUGCUUCGAUAAAAAUAUAAGAAGGUUAUUUAACGAUAAAUGCGGCAUAUAUUUAAUAAAAUUAUUAUUUCGAUAAUUUACGAGCGACAGGAUAGUUUCUAGUGAGACCGAUAGUCGCGAGGCUACGUAUAAAUUUUCUACUGCGUUGAUGCGAUAAGAAAAAAAAAAAAAGGACGUAUACGAUUUCAGUAUAGUCGGUAGAAUCAUAGUCAGCCAAGCGAAAAGGACAUUCGGACAUUCUGCUUGACACGCGACCGCCGUUCGCGAGGUUCAUUUAAAUACGGAAAUAAAGUAAUUUCGUCUGACAGCGCUAAUAACUUGCGGCCUAUGGCAUACGUUCUGCAAACCCGUCCACGGCCACCAUCAACUUAGAUUCACUGUUAUCGCUGGUUAAUACAGCGUAUAAUGACGGCCGAUUAAUUGCGAUUACGAUCGCUCACGACACACCAGUUGCUAUCUUGACAAUUUACAUCUUUACCAUUUGUUCGGGACACGAUAGUAGAACGUUCUUAUGUUCCGCCGCUAACUCCUUAGAAAUAUUUCUUUCGUAAUCUACACAUUUUGUCCCCGAUAGAUAUUGGCUGGCUGUUCUAGCAAACUUUCGUUUCGCGUUUAGGAAAUUUAACCUGCGUUUUAUGUACAGUAGCAGGAAAGAAAGAAAGUUCAAAGUUGCUAAGUAAUUUAUUCGCGUGCACAUAGUAACUUUUCCAUUAAAUAUUUUUCGCUCUGCUACUUACAGUCGGUCAGUGGAUCGUAAAUGUUUUGUUACGAAGUUAUAACAAAAAUACAGAAAUUAGGAACAAAAUUGACAUCGUUCUUACAUACAGAAUGAAGCAAGAAAUCAUAAUACGGCAUUUACCAGUCUAUGGUUAUAUAACAUUGUUUUCUUAUUUUUAAUCAUAGAAUAUACCGACAUGGUUUGGCGCGGUAUAAAUGAAACACCCUGUACAUUCUUAUUUCUUCAUUGGCUCUUGCGGAAUUCUCUUUCGUAAAAUUAUGAUAUCUUUUUAUGUUUCAACUUUCCGUCGCUCGUUACUGCAAUUUUACACCGACUAGUAUUAAAUAGAAUACACACGUUGCUAAACGACCAAACGAUUAUCGACUAAAACGAAGUAACGAAGAAUUAAUAAUUCAACUUUAAUCCACUCGGUUCAAUCUGAAUAUUCGACAAAGAAUUGGAGAAUGUUAGGGAAGGCCAUUUCUAAUAUUUGAUUUACUCUCAAACGUCUGGACCCUUUAGUGGCGUUUCAAACAGAAGAUCUUCUAAUUACGUUGAACAGGCUGCACUUCGUUCAUCCUGGGUUCUUGCCUGUCAAACUAAAGAUCAAACGUCGACAUUCGAUCAGGAUUCUCUCAGGGCUGAACAAGCAGCCCUCUUUUACAUACACCGGCCAUGUUCAAUCACGACAUAACGGAGAUGAUGUAACGGCCGGUACAUGGAGCACAGAUUAAAAGAACUUUCGAGAAAUUCUGUCGGUGAGCUUUCCAUUUUGUGCGCUCGUCUUUUUCCGUGGUGUCGAGUAUUAACGUGAUUGGGUUACGUACCGUGAAGAAUCGACAAGUCGAGCUCGCCGAACCAUCAAAAGCUGGCUUUUCGUAAGACGAAGCUUCGGAUUUCGCUAUUUUGACUGCAUCUAAUGGAAAAUAUCCUUUUUCGGAUUACCGUCUUGGCUACGUUCUAUUUUCCUUCUUUUUUUUCUUUCUUUUUCUUUUUCAUCUGAUCCAAUCUCCAAAGACAAUUUUAAAUUCGAUCGUCAUCUUUGAAGGAACUUUAUAAUGCAAGUAGCUCGGAUUCGAAAAAAACAUCGAAAAAUGUACAAACGUGAUUUGCUUUGUUACAAUAAUACACGUAGAAGCGUAAUAAAAUAUCUUUAGAUUUUCUUCCAAGCGUUUUUUAAAAGCGAAGGAACGAUCAAAUAUUUAAACAAGACAUUGAGCACUUGUUUAUUCGUUUACCGUUCGCUGACAUAAACUCCAAAUAUAUUGCCACGAAUCUCCAUCGCUAUUUAAUCAAAUGGUAAAUUAAUAACAAAUCGUUUCAUCGUUAUUAGUUAGUAUUGGAUCAUCGCGCGUAAUACGAACUAUUUUAGCACAUUAUAAUAUGUAUCGUACUAAGAUUUAUAAUUGACUGUGGGCUUUGGAUUUGCAAAUAUUUUUUGGUAAGUCGAUCGAUAAAAUUGUGCGUUGCGCGCGAUAUUCAAACCAUAACUACAAUUUAUCAAACGAGAUAUUUGAGUAACAGCGUGAAUCAUUUAUUUCAAACGGAGUUAGUCGAAGUUGGAAUAUCAAGGAAUAUUAUUCUGAUAAAUUAUCGUGGUAUUUUAAUAGGUGCUUUUAUGAUCUGGUGGUAUUCGUUAACGCAAAGAAAAGAAAUAUCAGAUGGAACGCAGAAAGAAAAGAAAUAUUAGAUACAUCAUUCAUUGUGCGAGAAAGAAAAUGAAAAUACUUUAGGGAAAUUAAUUUCUGCUAUUCCUUGUCAUAAAUCAUGUUGCAGGCUAUUUUUAUUACAAUAGCUUUUUACUUUCGUAUUCUUUCGCAAUUUUUUAAGCUUUUUCAUUUUUUUUUUUUUUUAAGCUAUUAAACCAAAAGGCUAGAAAGAAGAAGGUAUUUUAAAUAUCAACCUGAAACUCGUACGAUGUUUCUACUAAACGCACUAGCACUAUCGCUACGUAUGAAUUUAUCUGUCGUUGCGCGUAUAUUGUCCUAUAGAAAAUGGUACGAGAGGCGCCACGUCCAAUCACGUUUAAUUGUCUACUAUCCUCCGACUAAUCGACUUAAAACUAGCGUAUGACCAAGCCGAAAGUUCUCGAUACGCGGAUCAAAUUCCUAGUAUUCGAGUUUGUACUGGCCAGAACCGGUUGAUCCCCAAGGUAGAGGAUCGUUAGAACCGUUUGUUCCAUUAUGAGCAUCGAAACGUUACGAAAUUGGGAAAUUUUACGACUGUCUAGAUCGACGAUCUAAAAACGAAAAAAUUCAUCGCGUAAACAUGUACACUCUUAAAGUGCUCGCUGGGAAAAUCGAUUCUUCCCAUUGAAAAUUCCACAGAUUUUCAAUCUUUUAAUCGAGAACGUCGGAUCAAUUGAUUAUCGAAAAACGUUUUUGCAAUGGAUACGAUCUUCAUUACUGCUUCGUAACUUUAUUGCUAAGCGAUAAUUAAAUUUCUAUUUUUGUCGCACAGAGUAAUUAGAUUACGUAUUAAAAUCGCGAUAAUUAGUUCGAAAGACAAACAAAGGAAAAUGAUUCGAACGAACGGAGAACUUUCGUCGACGUGGCCAUAAAGUUUCAAGCCUACUGUUCUUCGAUUCUACUUGUAAAUUAACGAAGAAAGUGGCGAUUUCGUUCUCUGCAGCUGUCACCGAGAACUCGAACUACUUGCGACUACCGCUUCUUGUUAGCUACCGUAGAUGAUACGAACCCAGUCGAUCAUAGCUUCGAUCCUAUGUAUAAAGUACUCGUGCUCGUUGCUGAUUACAGCAAUUCACGUGAACGUGAAUUCGUACGUGGCAACAGUAUAGAAAGAAUUUACACUUCCUUUUCGUAGAAUCUUCUGGAAAUAGUCGGGAAACAUUUGGAAAAAUGUUUCCUUAGUUAAUUGGAAGCUGAAAUUGGUAAAGCUCUCUUCGGUUCGCAAACGUUCAAAGACACUGAUGCCUUUGUGAUGCAAACUAACGGCUGAACUUAAGCUAGACGAUCACGUUUUUGAUGCGGUUCAUGUUAAUUUAUCACUUAAUCUCGCUGUCUGAGGCGCUCGUAAAGCCUCCUGCGAGACAAAGGAUCCUUAACUGGAUUCGUAACCAGACGCUAGUAACAACCAGCGAGUCGAUGAAUUAAUCAAGUCCUUUGUAUCCUUGUCCGGCGUCAACCAAGUGACUACGUAGUUUUAGCCAACAUUAUCAUAUUGAUUAAUUCUUACGCGUUUAGCCAUUUUUAACGAAACUUACGUAAUUUAUGGUUAUUUGCGAACAGACUUGCGUGCGUAUAUUCAAUCGAUAUAUUCUAAUGCGUUAAUUCUUUGCCUACAACUUCUCCAUUAUCAUAAAAUAAUAAUACUUCACCAAGUACGUAAAUAAGUACUUUGGGGAAAAAAGAAAACAAGUAAGUUUCCAACAUAUUCUCGCGUGUACGUAUCAAAAAUAACUGAUGGUUCUCUUAACGACGUGCAAUGACUAUAAAAAUUAUUUGCAUUUGCCAUUGUACUUAUUAUAGAAUUCAAAUGCUAAUUAAUUAGAUUCAAGAACUCUUGUAUAAUUACAGUUUGAUAAUAUGAAAAUAAGAAUGACGAGAAGAACGCUUUAUCGGAGAACAAGCGCGUGCGUGUACCGAUACUUUUCGUAGCCACUGUAUUUUCUUUCUAUCUGCCGCUCUCUCGUUAAACGAAAUUCUCGAAAUUAUUUCCCUCGAUCCCGGCGCAUUCUUAAUUUUCCUCUUGGCGUUUCUUACUCCCUUCGAUGCCAUUCUCUCAUUCAGCCGGUCUGUUUGUUCCAAUCCCAUAGACUCGGUGGUCUUUGACGCUUUGGAUGCAUUCGAUUUCCCUUUCGUCCCUUUUCACCUUUCACCCCGUCGUCGCCGCCGCUUUCCUCUGCCGGCUAUUUUAUCUUUCAUUCGUCGGCUUUUCUUUUUGUCUUUCAAUCCAACGCGCAAUCGGCCACUUUUCUCCUUCAAUCUAGUCCACGAUAAAAGCCCACUUUUGAUCUCGGUUGGCCCUUUCUCAUGCUAGUUACCCCUUUCGUUUCUGCGUGUUCCCCUUACCUUUACCUUUCUUCCUCCCCAUUUCUCGGUCGUUCCACUUUCGUCUUUCAGCGUUUUCCUCCGCGCACUCUCUCUCUCUCUCUUUUUUUUUAUUUUAUCCUCUUCUGCUCUUUUCUUCGCUCGAUGUUUCAACGACGUUCCCGUUUUCUCCGCGCGACCACGAUCACUACGUCCUGAUUCCGCCCUUUACCCGGGAUCCUUGUCAGAAGCCAGUUAACACCUUUUCCCUGUCUUCGACUCGAAUAUCUGCUUUCAUUGGGAAGUUGGCGGUGGACAGCCUCCGGGAAAGCGCCACGACGACCAGCAAAGACUUUCCAACAAAUUUGCGCUACGAAAUCCCGGCUUCUCGAGGUACGUACACGCCAACGAAAGAUAUAUUAGGUCUUUCGUCGAGAUCGCGGUCAUCUAGAAGUUGUUCCUCGAUUAAGGCUGCUGCUACGUGCACGCACUCAGCGAUAUCUUUCGACGUGUGGGACUUCUUUCGCGCGAGAAAUUAACUCGCGAUGAGAUAAUAGAUUUACUUGACGAUCGAUACUCGGAUUAACGGUCUUUCGUGUAUUUUAUUCGCCGCUUUGUCGUAUAUUUCUGUCGGUAUGCGUGAAUAGCAUUAACCAUCGAUAGUGGUAUUUCUUUCGCUGUUGAAUAUCUUUCGUUUCUAUCGGUUCGUAAUUUAUAAAGAAUAAGCGGUGUCGUUAAUUAAUUUACUACUUGUGAAUAAAUCGCGGAUUUUUGUCACGCGUUUACAGGGAAUUCGGAAAGUGCGGAAGAAACGUGUACGACACGUAUAUUGUACAUAAAUAUAUAAAUUAUCCAAUGUAGAAUAUUUAUGAUAUUUAUCGGGUGAGGCAAAUUUCUGUUUCGCUCGCACCUUUCUUUAAUCGUAUUCGUGAACGUACGAAUUCGCAUAAAUAUUCGCAGUGUAUUUAUAAGUUGCAAAAUGAAGUAACAUUGUUAAUUUUCCGGUAUAUAUAUAUAUAUAUAGCCAUAGGGAGGAAUUGAAACGAGCUGUAGAGAUCGGAAGCGCGUUAAUUUAAUUCAGGAACACGAGUGGUGGACGCAGCGUAGAAAGCGAUGAAAAAACGCCUAACUGUGACGAUGUGCAGGGUACAGGAAAAGGCCGGAGUAUCAGGGCGUACGGGAAAAUAAACUUUCGCGGCCAUUACCGUCGGCAUCUAUAUUUAAUCGGGUCGCUGCGGGUACAAUAAAAUUCCGGAUCGAUUUUCCAUUAAUCGGCUAUUAGUAUGCAAUAGCUAGUUUGUUCGUGUACGAGAAAUGACUUUGGUCUCCUGAGAUAAUAAUAAGGCAGCAAUCGUCCCGCGAGGACGUUCCUCGAUAACGUGUAACCACUGACCGAGAACUUCAUUUAUCGAAUAAUGUACCGUGUAAUUCAACGAAUUUGUCUUAUUAUCCUGAUUACGAAACGCCUCGUCGACAUUGUCUAAUUCUUCAAUUGCUUCCUUCCUCUUCUAUUCUCUUCCUCCUGCCUGACUUUCCAACCUUUUCCAGACCUCGUCCUGUUAAAUUCGUUGUGCGAACCGAUCUAUCGUACAGCGUAUCCUUGGUUGCUCGCGAAACAAUGGAUUAUUUUCUAUUUCACGCAAUCAAUGGCAAUACCUGCCUCGCCAAAUAAAUAGCAAUUGGGAUAACCAAUGCUUUCGUUCCAGUAGCACUCAACAUUGAUAAACGAUAUGGGAUUAAUAUUCAGACGCAGCACUAUCUCUGUAUUUGCUUGCAUAAGAGAUUAUUCAAAUAGCGUGUUGCUUAUUCUACGAGAAUACAUAUGAACCAUUUAUCGUAACUUGAAAUUACGCGAACUGUUUUUUUUUUCCUAGCGAAUAACGUCCGAUUGUUUUGGAUUGUUUUGGAACCCGGAAAGUACGUUGCGUUUUUUAAGGAAUUUGAUCGACAAGAACGAUCAUGUUGAAAAGUUUUCCGCUGAAAAACCUGAGAGAUUGUGGAAGGAUGGAAUAUUCGUGUUAAGCGAAAGAUGGAGAAAGCUCGUGGAACAAAAUGGCAUCUAUAUAAUUCGAUAAAUAUAUAUCGAAUGGAAAUGUAAAUCGGAACGAACUUUCCGGGCGACCCCGACAUUUCAACAAACAAGAGAUUGCCCUCUUUCUUAGAUUCCGCGCGGUCUUCUUCUUUAUAUCUUCUAAUAAUAUUUGCAAAAUCGCAUGGAGUACUUGACGUAUAGCGUAGAAAAUGUAUAACGUAGGAAAAUAUAUAAAAUAUUCAAAGCAGGAUCAUACUCGUCGUAGUAUUUAACGUACAACUACCGAAGAUGCAAUAAAAGUAUAAAAAUAUAGAAAGCCGCAUUAAAGAAGGAAAUUUAGAAAAUUAACAUCGCGAACUUGCACGUUCUACAAUUACAGAGAAAAAUAAAGAUAUAUUUUGCAAGGUAUCGUUCGAAUCCUCAGAAAUUUCCCUGGAAGAUGGCUAAUCGAUCACUGUGAUCAAUCCGCUAGUUCUACUGUUGAUAAUUGUACAAAACCGAGAUAAUAAUUGAGAUAAUAACCGUAGCAAAUAAUUACCAAAGUACUAAUCGAAAUCGAAACCGAAUUGCCUUUAUAAAAAUAUGUAUUUGCGUAAAUAUCCGCUGCCGAGUGAUUAGCAUUUACGUGAAAGAAGUUUCCCUGUCAGUAGGUGGAAAGACGGGGAGCGACGAGGAGUAAUCGAGACGAACAAUGCGCGCCGGGAAAUACUUGAUAGAGAUCGUGUGCCAGAAAAGUAGAAAAUUGAAACAUCCAACUUCGCCUAAAUGCUAUCUAUGUUCGCGAAAGUGUUGACAUUUACUACCCGGCUCUCAUUGUCAGCGAUAACUGUUCUCACGUUUUUGGCAAUUUUCCAGUGCUCGUUCGCCGGCCAACUCGCUCUUCGCAAAUCACUCCGUGGCUAACGUGUUAAAUAGUUAUGCGAGACAAAUUGCUUGGCAUAAUACGGCUCGUUGUCAUUGGAAAUGAUAACCGAGCGAAGCUGAUCCCAUUUAUUUUCAUUUUCCUUUCGCUCUGUCUUAUUAAUCUUUCCAAUUUAUUUAUCCGUUCUUUUCCUACUUCGUUAUUAUCGUUAUUACGAUAGAAAUCGGCAAAAAAUAUUUGCCUCGUGUAUCGAUUGAAUAAAACGGUAAAUGUAUCUUUCUUGGCGAAAUUUACUGGACACAUACACUGCUGGCCAUAAAUAUUAGGAUAUCAGCUGACACUUGGCAAAAAUUCUACGCUUCCCACUGACUUCUCUUUCCUAGGUAUUUUAUUACGAAUCUGUCAUUUCAUUCGUACUAUAUGGAGUCUUCUAGUGUAAAAUAGUAAAUGAAGGAAAAUUUGUUAGAAUUAUUCGAUAGACGUAACAAGCAAGUGUCGUAGUAUAUAUAGCUGACAGUGUGUAUUCACCUUUCGCAGUCAAAGGGUUAAUGCAAUAAGAAGAAAGAAAGUUCAGUGAUCGCGAGCACAUCGGACACAAUUUUCAACGAUUCAAAACUGAAUAAAGUGGAGAACAUUUACCUAAAUAGCUUUUCUCAUCUACGUUUCCCUCUUGUUCAAUUUGCCGUGCAUCACGCUACGCAAUGGAAAGAAUUUCGUUCCGAGUCGAUUACUGGUGCAUUGGAAUAUUUGUAAAAUUUGAAAAACUAAAAAAGAAACCGCUGUACAAUUUUAAUUUCUUUCGGCUGGAAAGACCACCCGGCCUCUGGUGGCCGAAACAACUCGUCCCGAGUCAUCGUGUACCUGGACGAUAAACAGAAUACGUGAAUAAGUUAUGAAAAACAGUAUUACGUAUAGAAGGCGUCGUAUAACGCGCCGUGGUGACAGAAUUUACAUUUACUACACGCGAAGCUGCAUCCAACUUUGUACAUGAAUAAUUGAAACGUGUCAUGAAUCAACUGAUUUCAAUUUCAAAAACAUCCACAUCCCGCACACGCGGAACUCCAAGUGGACGUUUAAAAUGCAACACGCGCAACUAUGACGAAAGGGAUUAAAAGAGAAACAAAAAUAAUAGCAACGACGUAAAAAGAAAAAGAGAAGAAACAAAGAUGAGAAAGAGGAAGAGGAAGGACACUCAAAGAGAAAACGAGAGAACUAAACGGAAAUGGGAUAUGAGAGUCAUGAAAAGGCUCUUCUCGCGGAGACUUCCUCAAGAAAUUUAGCAUUCCCGCCACUCGAAAUCGUGCAACGGGAAUCGCAAUUUUUUUUUCACAGCCGGCUCCUUUGAUUCGAGCGACAUUUUCGCGAAACGAAUUUCUUUCCGUCAAACGUUAAUUACACCGGUCGUCGUACGCGAGUUUUCUUUUUCAUUUCCUCUUCGAAAUUAGUCGUAAACUGCUUGAAAGCAGCGAUCUUACUAAUUAAACGAUCUCAGGAAAUUAAAGGAUAAAGGAUACAUCUGCUGACUCGUACAAGGUGGACAAUGUAUAACUGACUGAUUCUGAUUGCCAGUAACUUUUAAAUAAAAUAAAUAACAACAAUCUUUUUUCAACACAAGUCGUUCAUAAUUACCUAAUACUUUACUUUAAUGCUUGGAAAUUAUAUAGAAGACAUAGUGCACGAAGUUGCUCAACGAAUAUUCACUUGACAGAACGACGUUUCGUACAGAUCUCGGAAUUUUGGGCUAUGCUCUCGCGAAUCUUUUCACGAUAUUUUCAGAUGUGCGGAUAGCUCGAUCACGAUCAGAUCUUGUCGUAUCUUUCACGUACCUGUAUCGCUCAAAUUUCAUUAUUAACUCACGAAUUCUGCUAAUAUUUGGCAUGCUUUGGACGUAAUUUGCGUAAGAUCACCGUCAUCGACGAAUUGCCUUGAUAAAACUUUUCAACGAUAUUUCCUCGCUGUUGAAACGUAUAACGUCCCAUGAUUAUCUUGUCGUGCGUUCAUAAAACAAUUGCAAAAGCGAAAUAAAAGACGAUGAAUCGUUCCAGAUUAGCGGAGCUUCGAAAUUAGUCAGUUACGUAUAUAUUAUCCAACCUUUAUUUGCAAACAGCGAACGAAUUUUUCUCGGUUCAAAUAGAAAACAUUCUGAAACCUGUUCCAUGAAACGAUACACGAGUUGAGGAUAUAUUUUUGAUCGUUUUAACCGAUAGAAUCGAACCACGAUACACAACGAUAUACGGAAUUGGUUCGAAUGGACGUUAAUUGCUUAAAAAAAACUCGCAAAUCAGGUUGGUUUGAGAUAUGAAAAUUAUACGUAAAAAUGAACGUAGAACCAGUAGAAAGCAAUUCUAAAGGUAGCAAAUAAAUGAAUUCAUUUGUUUUUAAAACCUCGUGACGGGCGAUCAUAAGAUUUACACGGUUGAAUAUCACGGUUUUAUGAACUUUUCCAUUUAUAUUAGUUACACAAGAUGGUCGUACUAAUAGUUUAACCACAUAAAUUUCUAUUAUAAAUGAGAUAUUCUUGUUACUGCAACGUGUACUUAAUUAGAACGGAACGUUAAUUAAUUUUAAGUUACGAAGUAGAAAAUCUGUUUAUUCGCAUGGGAAAAUGUUUAAUCUAACGUUUGCGUGGAACGAGAAAACGUAUACGUUUCAUCAACAAAAGGGACCUUUUGUAAUCGUGUUUCAAGUAAUUUUACCAGAAUUUCUAACCGCUGUUAUAUGUAUAAUCCGAUUUUAAUCCAAAAUUGUGCAGGAGACUGUUGUUUAUCGAUAUAUUUCGAUAUUUCGCCUCGGAUGUAAUAUUGGUAAAUAAUUGCUUGCAAUAUAAAGCCCUAUAGCACGUACGAUCAUUGCAAUCCACGCGAUAGAUCCGUAAUAUAUCCAUAAAAGAAAUUACAAGGCGCACGUGUUAAAAGGAUGUAUGGAAAAUCAUUUUCAUUUCUUUCCUCAUUGCUGGCGCUUACGUAUGCACGUAGGUCUUGAUUUCGGUACGGAUAGCGGCUUUAACUUAGCUGGAAAUUCUCUUCAGGCAACUCGUCGAAUUUCCAUUCGACAACGGAAGCCCGUCAGAACUAUGCUUAAAACAGACAUAACUCCUGCUUCGAUUUCCACCCCGCGGCACGUUUCCCAGGUAGCAACUAGUUUCGCAUGAUUUGUCCCUUAAUUGUCCUUGCGGUACGUUUAUUCCUCAUUUAAACUUUAAACUGAAUGAAACAUUUGCAACAAUAUUCCAUGAAAGCAGUAGCUCGGUCGAGCGAAUCGAACAAACAUGGUUCGAUCGUUCUUAGAAUAUUCUCAAAGGAAUCGUUCGAUCUUCGAUUCGACGAGCAAUCAUUUCUGAAUCUUACUACGGCGAAUCUUACUAAACGUACUAUAACUGCGGGUUUUUAUGCAAAUUCUUAUUUCUGGAAAUGUAGGAAUCGUUCUACUUGUUACAUAUUAUGAGAACUAUUAUAUUUUGAAUAUUUUAUAUACUUUUACGUACCACGUACAUACUGUGUAACUUUGCUCCGUCUAAUCUUCUUACAAAUGCAUGGAAAUCUAUAGUUCGGAUCAAACGAGCGAUCUUCUUUUUUCCUGUUCUUUUUCAUCUUUUUCUCUUUUUCUUAAUCACGAGUUUGACAUGGCACGCACUUCCCAAAGUUAUAACAUUGUUAGUAACCACUAAUGCGAAGGGUAAAAGCAAUCAAUGGAACAAACACUUAUCUAUAGCAGGUGGCGAAAGUCAAUAUCCUUCGAGAAGACUAGACCUUCCUGCGAAGGUUUCCUUUCUGUAUAAUAUGUUUAGUGAACUCGAUGUGCGAUGCUCUUUUCAUACUGUAGCUAGAACAGCUGAUCAGGUGGUCAGGAUAGUAAUUGAUAGAUGUUUUACGUACGUGCAAGUGUCGUAAAUAUUUGAUUCGCGAUGCAAAUCGAUCAAGAACGUUGUUUCUUUAAGGGGAGGCUAAGGUUAAUUCGUACAAAAUAAGGCAUGUCUUUGUGAAUUAUUUGUGACGACACAGUUAAAAUCUCUUUAUUAAAACCAAUAGUACAUUAAAGUAUGACAUUCGAAGAAUAUUGUAUAAAAUUUUCACGGAGAAAUAUUAAAAAAUAUGGCAAUGGCAGCAAUUAUUCGGACGUGUCUCGGAAAAAGGUAGAAUUGCGGUGGCCCCGAUAACUUGGUGCUGGAUCAUCUGAAAUCAAAAAAUCAAAGUUCAUUCGUUAGGUAACGGUUUUCCCCAGGUAACGCUGGCAGGGUUUUUCGAAAUUUCAAUUUUUCACUUUUUUGGAACACUUUGAAGGGGAAAUCAGCCGCAAAUUUUCGCAAAAUCGGCUAAUUUAUCCCUUCAAAGUGUUCCAAAAAAGUGAAAAAUUGAAAUUAACGCGAAUUUCCGCGAUUCACUGGCGGGAUCGGUUCCUCUCUCUUUCUCUCUCGCUGCUAUCAUGCUAUUGCGAAUCGUUUCUCUCCCAGAGAGUUUACAUCGGUCGAGUUGUCAUUUUGUUUAGAGAACACUCGUGCUCUGGAGGCCUUGUGAAAGCGGAAAACGGUGCGGUGACGUGACGGUUAUGUUUUCGCUAAACCGCAGAUAGGUCCUUUUUGAAACGAAUCAAGGACGAUACUUUACGCGCUGGAGUAUCCGUGGCGCGAGCACAGUCUCGAACCACCGUUCCUCUUUGCGAAGAUUUAAAUGAGAGUGGAGGAGAAAAAAAAACAGGAAGAAGAAGAGAAUUGUUUGGUCUCCGAUGCAUUCGCGGUACGAAAUACAUCCGUCGUCAACUAUCGCUGCAGGCGGAAGCUGCACUUCCUUUAGUGGCGGAUAUUAAGCUCUAAAUAUUGCACUUGCAGCUUGUUUCCUCGAAACGCGAUGAGUUUCCCUUCAAAUAUUUAUUACGAAGAUGUCGGAUAAAAUCUGUUCUAUAAACGGUGUAGUAAAUUGAUCAUUUGCUGCACGAUAAUUUAAUAAUGAAUAAUGUCAGGAAACUUUAAUCGCGACCGAUCGUUUACUUUCUCACGUUUAUCCCCAAAUUUGUUUACCCCCAAAAGAAUUUAUCGAUUCUGGAAAAUCGUAAUUUGUCAAAUUUCGUUCGUACAAUGUUGUAUGAAAGAAAGUUUAUAAAACAAGAAGGUUAAAAGGACGAUAUAAUUUUUACUGUAAUUAUUUGAUAAGAGCAGUAAAUACGUGUAUCAUGUACGACAGAAUGUAUAGUUGUUACAUAGUGAAAAAUUGUUUAGUGCAAAAAUGAUUAAGAUUCAUAAUGUAUCGAUUUUAAACUUUCUUUUACGCACCGCUGUAUACGUAGAAGAGUAUUAUGGUUGGCUUUGCUCUGCACCUCGUCCACGUCCAUUCUUUAUUACCAUUGAUCUUUGUUGCCGCUCGUUUAUCGUAUUUACGUGGACUUUGUAAGCCCAGGUUUUUCGCUAGACAGCGAUUCAAAGAAAAUUAUCCUGCAAACAAGCGGAAAACCGACAACCUCGUUUCGUUUCCUGCGGUUAACCAGUGGGUUUGUGUGACUGACAUUUGUGAACAUUUUUUAGCGAGCUCGAUAACCAAAUUUCUGCGAAGUCAUUUCUGCGUUGUAUAUCCGUGAUAUAGAUUUACGGAAAUUUAAUGGUCAAUUGAUGGUGAAAUUGUCAAAGGAACGCUACAAACUCAUUAAUGACAUCGAUAAAUUUUAGUACAAAACGGCGGUUCCGGUAACAUUUCCGGCCAAUCAGCAAACGACGCAUUUAAACCCACCGUAUUGCUUAUUCGGAUCGAUUUUCGGGCUGGUAAUUUUUCAUUCGAACAUAAGAUAUUUAUUUAAUCGCCUGUAAUUAUACGCCUUGUUGGUUAUUAAACUUUUUACCGAAUCGGUAUGUUUGUUUAUCGACAAAAUAAUAUUCCUGCGGGACAAGUGCAAUCAAAGUGAUUGUAUUAUUUUUGGGGAAUCGUUUCUAUUCGUUUGUGUAAAAAAAAAAAAAAAAAAAAAAAUAGAAAAAAGAGGAUAAUGUCAGUGCUGCAUGAAAUUCGUUAAAAAGCCGCUUCAUGACACAGAUCGAAGAAAUGAGAAGAAAAUGAACUUUCGUAAUGCGAAGAAAUCACGAAACGAGUAGUAAUUGUUUCAUGACAAGCGAACGUAAAACGGUGACAGAAUCACCGCUGUUUUAAUCGUGAAACGUUGUUCGAAUUUCGUUUUUCGAAACAACUUUCUUGCUCCAUUAAGUACUUUAAUGAGAAUUCACAUCAACGUUUAUCCAAGAAAAUACUAAUGUAGAUCCUUUACAAGUGGGUCACUUUAGACGCGCAGUUAAUUUUCCACGUCGAAAGGGCGGGAAGUUUUCUUCUAAAUGAUUAAGUCAAAGUCGGAUUUAAGCUUUUAAUAUUUCCAUCUAAUGUUCCUAACAUUUCCUACUUUUGCUACAAAGACGCUUGAAAUUCAAUAAUUUCAACGUUCAUUGACUUCACUGAAACGAACAUAAACUGAGAAAAUAAAGCGGUUUAUGGGCUAAACGAUGUUAAAAACGCUAUCAAAUAUACAUACAUGCGAUUCGUUGGGCCGGUUACACCACGUUAAAAAUUUUACGAACAGCGUGGGAAUGGAAAUUCAUAAACACGAUGUUAACAAAGAAGAUUAAAUAAAUAAAAUUGGCAAAUAGAAGAACUGCGAAUAAAAUGCUGCGUUUUAAAAUCACAAAAUUGUCCCUUUCGGAGAAAAAUACACAGCCAAUCACAAAAGUAUACGUGCGUCUAUCGAAUUUUGCAAAAUUAUUUAUGCUUAUGUAUCCGUACAAUUAUUAUUAAUACGUAGACUAGGAACUACUUUUUUCGACGAAAUUAUAUUUUUCUAUUCUCGAUAAAUAAUUUUAUUUCGAGGAAAAUAUGAAAAAAUUCUUGUUGAUACGCCUGAUUUCUCAUUUUUAUCUUGUACAUAAACUUUCUUUUUCCAAAUAUUACGAAUCUCAUUAUUAAAUUGUCCCAAACGCGUGUUUUACAACAAUGCAUCUUUACAUAAACAUGAAACGUAGUCUCUCAAACGGUUACGGUUCCUAUCUCAGUGGAACAAAAUGGAUCAGACGUAAUUCGAUAGAAUAAUAUAAAACAAACGAUUGUGCGCAUCUAUUAUUUCCUUAUAAACCGAAAGAAACAACCUAAUACAUCGUAAAAUGAAAGCGAUAUUAAAACGAUAAAAAUUCGAGGACCACAACAUAUUUCGUACAAUACGAAACCUGCUAUUUUCAUGAUUUCAUACAGACAUAACAAGUGUAUGUAAUUUUUGUAACAAAAGUGAAAGCGCAUGAAUCGUACCCCGUUUGAAAAAUAUGUAAUCUUAAUGCAUCAACAAAAUUCGUAAAACUAACGUUUUUACUGUAACACGUAUUUGAUGUGUAAGCAGUGUACGUAGACUUUUGUGACCGACUGUAUAUCUUCGUUAACCGUGGCAUGGAAGAACUAAAAUCGAGUACAACGUUGACAUUUGCAAGGAGUCACCGUAGAGAUCGGUGUUGCGCAAUCGAACCAAAUGGAUAUCGAUGUGCAUUGGUACAGUUCCAGACUAAGAUGUCCCUCUGAAACUUUUAAUAAGCAGCGUGACGACGACGUCGUCGUCGUCGUCGCGUUCCACGGUAUCUUCGACUUAUUCUCGUCGAUUCGAUCGAUUCUCUUUCGGUACUAAUCGGUGAACGGAAAAGGCUGUUCAAACUUUUCUUUCGCGAAACUUUCGACCGGCGCGUUUCACUUUGCCUUCAAGAUCCUUGUUACAUUCUAAUCGAAUCUGGUCGUUGACUUACGCGAAUUGGAUAAGAAAAUUUCGAAGCGUCCUAACGAACAUCUCGCUCGAACGAAGAAUUGGAAGACAAUUGUUGGAGGAAAAAUAGGACGAGAAGACGAGAUCUCCGAAUACUAAUUGAUGCGCCGUGAAAACCUUCUUUGCGAGUUUAUUGCCUGUUUCUAAUUAAGUAGGAGAGAGAUUAUCGAUUGGCGACAACGAAUUAUCGUAUUUGAAAACUAACGACACAUAAACUGCAACAAACUCGGUUGAAUAAAGCAAAGAAUCUACGUACGAUUAACACGAUGCACGAGGUACUUGCAUGUAGGUUUUUUAUUAACAUUUUGUUCGAGGAACAAACGUACUUAAAGUUCAUUUCCAAGCGAAUGAAAGCUAAACGAACGAGGAAACGUGUUUUCCACUACGAAUUCGAAUUCUAUCGCUCGUUGAUAUCUCGAAAUUCGUAUUAACAUCAGAGAAGUUGAUCUUCUUGUAGGAGAGAUGGCUCUACAAAUACGAUACGUUUAACCGAAGAGCGAAAUAAUGGUGAAAUGGGGAAUUUUAAUUGGAAAGGAGAGCUCUCGUAGAAAUAAUUAGCCGGUUCGAUUAUGUCCUCGUGGCUCGAUCGAAAAACUAUGUCGUUCGGAACGAGGCCGAAUCGAAGUCGAGAUUGAAGAAGCUAACGCUUUAAAGGGGACCUCGUAAGGCAUUUCGAAAAGUUUUGAUAACAACGUGGUAGCCCGAUACCGCUGGGAUAAUCAAAUCCAUUCGUUCCUUUUCCUCGACAAACUCGCAGAAUCGAAUCGAAGAGAGCGGGUCAAGAAGGGCCCGGCAAGAAGGAAAUCGACGCGGACUCGACUUCGGGGGCACGUACAGCAAAUCAAGUCAGACGGAGCGAACGAAACCAAAGACGUUAACGAGCGAAACAGCGAAACCGGAAUCCAGUAGCAGUGGAGAGUCGCCGGGUGGUCCGCGAACCUCGUCUCGUUUUUUACUCUCUCGUGGACUCCCGUUAGUCGUUAAAACGGAAUUAACAUAUCAUACUCGCGUGUAGGUGAACUCGAUGAACGGUUCAACGAUUCUCGAUCGCGAUUCAGCCGUGAUACUUAUCACUUUACUCUAACGUCACGCACCGUUAUACUCGUCGAUCGAUAAACGACGUUACCGAUGAUUUACCAACGAUCCAUACCAUGGUGCUUCGUACUCUUCCAGAUACACUUCUCACACGAAGAGAUCUUUUUUUCUUUUUUUGUUUCCUAAGCUUUACUUUGCAGAAUACAAUGGCAAAUUUCGCAAAUCUUGCUCUUCUCGAACAACUUAUCUCGGUAUUUUGUCAGCGGUGAAAUUUACGUCGCAUACCGAUAUCAAGUACGCAUUGGUGUUAUCGUACAUCGCGCGAAUGACGCGUUCCGCAAGAAAAUGCGAAUAAGCGCAACGCUUGGCAGUGCGUCAAAUUAGCUUUGCAAAAAGUUGAAACUCUCGGUGAGAAGCUAUGGUAAGUCGAAUAAAGAUAAAAUUCGUAAAGAUAAACAGAUCUUUUAAGUGUAUCGAACGAGCGAUAUGUUUUUCCCGAGUGAAUUACAAAAGGUAUUGGCAUAAUUAUAGUAUUUACCUACAUAUCGAUUGAUUAAGUGCAAGCACAUUACACGCGUAGAACCUGGUAAGAUAACGUUUCAUCGGAUAAUAAGGCUAUGUGGCAAAUUUUCUUGUCAUUGUAACUACUACUAACUUGAAUGAAUGGAGAGUUACGACGAGUAAGAUAUUUCAUUCGAGUACUACGUAUACUACUGCCCUGCUCGUCUUUAAAUAAUUUCAACGAGACGAGAAAUCGAUAUUCGGUAGAGAAAACUACCCAGAAAAUUUGGCGAGAUACGUAAACGAGAAUAAGCUGAAGCGCGCGAGCUUUUUUUAUCCGAGUUGCCGGUGAAGUAAACGAAAUAAAACUAGUGCAUUCUCGUUGAAACGCGAUCCUUUCGCCCGUGAACAUCGUUUAAAAUUAAUCGUACAAAGCCGCGAGUGGCUUUCUUCGAUGAGAUUUCUUUUCCUUUUUUCCCCACGCACGUUUAAUCGACAACGACGAUCGACAACGUGGUUGAAACGCUUCGAAGCGUAACGAAGCUUGCCUCUCGAAACGAAGAAAGAGAAGGAACGAGGAAGAGAGGAGAGAGAGAGAGAGGGAAAGAGCGAACGAACGAGAACAGUGGAGAAUCGUCCGUAUAAAUGCGAGCGAUGUCUCUCGGUGGGAAAUUCCCUGGCGUGAAGCGAUCGUAAGAAACGUUUCCGCGAGGUUCAAGUUUGCCACGUGCUGCACAACGUUGCUCGGUGAAAACGGGCUUGCGUCGAAGAAAGGGAUUUACGGGGUUACGUGUAUCGACCGUGACAUUUGCAUAAAACAUACCGUACGAUCUCGUCGGCUCUCCAAAAGGAUUUCCAACAGAUUAAAAGCAAUUGGACCUACUCGUACCCAAGCCGUUGCUUCCAAUUCAUUUUCCUUUCUCUAUCUGAUUUUCUUUUGGCGGAAAAAAGGCCAAAUGAUAGGACGAUACAAUAGCAGGUGAAUCAUAAACGCGCGUCUAUAGUUCGCGGCAAGAAUCUACGCGUUGAAAUAAAUAAAAUAACGUUAUACAACUAUACUAUUAUAAACUGUGUACUUUGCGUUUUGAAUGAUUAAUGGAGACGAUCAAAAUGUCGCGUAUUUCAACAUACGUAUUACUGCGCGCUUUAACGUCGAUUACUAGAUUGCAGAUUUUUGUGAAAACUCGUAUCUUUGAGAAUAUAAUUUAAAAAAUUGCGUACUCGGUAGAAAAUUGUUUUACCUGACAAGUAUCGUAGGAAGCAUCGUAGUUUGGAUAUUUUAUAGAACGCGCAUUCUCUGCGAUCUUGCGCUUUUAAAUUUCCUAGAGAUACAUAAAAAUUCGCGGUCUCUUGAUUACAUAUACAGAAGCGUAUCUAGAUAUUGUCUAAAGCAUAAACGAACAAUAUCGCCCGACACGAAUUGGUUGGAAUUUUAGGCAAUCGGUAUAUCGAAAUUGUAUCUAUUACAUUACAUAUCGUUUGUUAUAUAUCAAAAUGUGCGUUUUCUUUAUUUUAAUGAGUAGAUUUAAUGCGUAGAUUCAUCAAUCUCACGUAUGUUCGUUGUGCGUGCGUCCGGCUUUGUUUGCGUUCGAGUUUAAAUUCGGUACGCGGUAUAUUAAAAACGCAGAAUUUCGGUUAUUAUUUUAACGAGAGAAAAUAUAGAUAUAGCGUGUGGCGAUUGUGCUAAUACCGAUUUUCCAGAGCCAUUUUCAUGCAAAAUUUUCAUCAAACGCAGAUUGUGCGAAAGUAGUUCCCUUGGGAAGUUACAUACUGCAUCCAAGAAUCCUUUCAUCCUUGGAAGCAGCGGUGAAAGCACGAGCAUAACUUCUGCAACAUCCUUCCGUGCAUCAGCCUCUGUGCUUCAAAUACCAUUGAUCAUCUCGAGACAAUAUUCUUCUAACGCUUCUCGAUCCUUCUUCCUUGACACGUAUAAUCUUUCAAGUCAUUCCAGUCCGGAAGUUUGCUUCAAAGGUUCCCGAAUUAAACGCCGAGAUGACGUCGUGUUUCAGAAGCAAAGUUUCCAACCGAAAAUAUAUCCAAGAGAACGUUUGUUCCGAUUGAAUGACCAAGUGUAUUCUAACGUUGAUCCUCGAUAGAUUACAUACCGACUUGUAAUAAUUAUAUAAAAAAAAAACACAGCAGUUUAAACCUUCGAGUGAACCGUGCGAUCGCUUUAGGAAAGAAAAUUGAUCAAAAUGGUAAUGGAAAAACGCGACAGGUAUACAUAGACAAGAAGAGAAUUAACUUUGUCGUGUGAAAUUGACAAGAUUAUUGGGAAUUGACCGACCAUUAUGAUAUUAAAUAUACAGGUCCUUUGUAGUUUAACGUUUCUAAAGAAAUAGUUAUUCUUAGAGGUUUGAAUAAUUUUUCAAAUAAUUUUUCGCGUUUACUUACGUUUCUUUAAGCAAACAUAUAUGUACGGGAAUGUACAUAUUGAAGUUGGCCCUAUCGAUAGUAAUAAUCUUAUCCGGGUAACUCGUUUUUCCAAGGUUAUCCUACGUCAACAAGAACUUCUCCGCUCUCUCGUUUUCUAUGGAAGUGUUCGUGCAUCGACGUAGUUACCAAGCGAAUUAGAGACGGAUACAGUCCCUUCUUUCGUUACAAAUUCAAGCAGAGGUUUCUUUCUCGCAGUAACGCGGUUAGACGCACUUACAGAAUUAAAUCAAUCCCUCUCGAUCAAGGCGUAAAUCCUUCCUCGAGGUAGCUUCCAACGGGAGCUGUUUCAAGACGGAUCUGGAUGCUUUUUAUCAAGUUGCGCGAUGCGCUUGAAUCGCGGUAAUGCCGCCAGCCAGAAGUUCUUCGAGACCCGAUGAAAGUGUGUCUCCAACCUUCGCUUCGGGAGCUCUUUCGAGCCGGCAGCUAUCUUUCCCUUCUUCCUCGUCUUCGUCCUUGUCAUCGUCGUUCUAUUUUCCUCUCUUCUCUUCUCUUCUCUUCUCUUCUCUUCUCUUCUCUUCUCUUCUCUUCUCUUCUCUUCUCUUCUCUUCUCUUCUCUUCUCUUCUCUUCUCUUCUCUCUUUGUCAGUGUUCAACGAAAGCUCUGCUGAUUUAUUUAAAAGACGGUGCUACCGGCGAGAUUCUCGCGAAGAUGGAGAGAGGAAGAAGGUGAAAGCUUUCCUCGGCCAGAAAUAUGGUGAUGCAUUUAAACGGACGUUAUUGGAAGUUGCAUAAUAGUUAGUGGUUGCGGUUGUCGAGCUGUCCACCUAUUCUUUACGAAGCAAAUUAUCUUCGCGCGACUACUUCCAGUUACCUAGAAAUAAAAUGAAAAAUGGGGUAAAAAGACUGCCUUCGGAUAAUCGAGUAUUCCUCUGUAAGGAUAAAUUUCUGUGGGAUUUUUUCUCUCUUUUUUUUUUAAUUAUGAGCUUAUUGUCUCUCCCGUCUCGUAUCACUUUUAUAUUGCUCUUUGAAAAACUCUCUAUUAUUCUUGAUAGCAUGCACUGGCUUCCAUCGAUUUUUUAAUCCACUUGCUGUUUACGUUAUUUUAAUAAAGGAUCAUACAUGAGAAUAAAUCCAAAUAUCUUUGUUUAUUAUCGUAUAUUAAAAUUUCUGUCCUACUCAUAAUUCGCUGAUAAUGAACAUUUUCUUGUACUUGUUUGAAUGUCGAUAGAGAUACCGAUAGGAUUUGACGAAGCGGUAGGACGAUAUUUCGGCUAUGUUUUAACCGACGUUCCAAAGUAAGUUCAAUUUUAUGAGAAUUUUAACGGUAAAAGUCGAACGCGCGCGAGUGAUUCUGAAGAUGUUGAAGGUUGUAAAAAGACAUGCGUUCGUUAUUCGAAAUGUAAUAAAUAUCGCAAGACGAAUAAAACGGAACGACAAGAAAAGGAAAAAGCAGAAAACGGAAGAAGCAAGAGAAUACGUUUAAUUCGUUACAGGUUGAUCGUUCCGUUUAAUUUAUAUUGCCCCUAAAUAGAUUACAAGGAACUUGAAUAAGUUUUCCUGCCAAUGAAUUAAUCUCCUUCUUGUUAUCGGAAUCGGAGAAUUACCUAAAUAAAAAGUAUUAUUGAGAAAAUCGAUUCGACAAAUUUGUCUAAUUACUAGGAAUGGGGAAAAACAUAAAACUUUGACGAAAGGUCGAUUGGAUAUUAUUUUCUUUUUUGAAGCAACAGCACGUAAACGUACUCGCGUGGAAGUGUAUCUGGACAGCGGUGUAAUCGACUCUCGAAUAAUGUUUCUGUGAUCAAAAGAUAUGAAUGACGUAUGUACAUACACCUUGUUUAUCGUGUACACACAACUCCUCCGUUUUGUCUACAAACGGUGUGACGAGACCGAGUGUCGUUGACAGAGUAAUGACGAGAUAUCAAAUAUUUUACUAAAACGCAAGUAAACUGCUACCAACGCGCAAACACUGGACUAUUCAUUUUUAAGGCGAAUCGAUCGAAAGGAAGCUACGAGGCUACGGUAUCAGCUUUAUGAAUUUUCCAAGCCAAACAACUUUCCUCGAAGAAAAGUCAAAACGUUUCCGUUUAUACGUCGCCUUUAGAUCACUUCAACUUCCUUUGUUUUGCACAACGGCAAAACGUUAUUACAAUGGCAAUCUUUCGUUAAAUCGUGAUGAAAUAUCAAGUUCCACCGAGCAAUCGAUUUAUUUAUUAAUAGUCUGCUCGAAGCAAAAGGAUAUCGCAGACAAUUUACCGACAAUCCCAAGAUAUAAUAGGCCGAAGAGAAUCAAUAAUAAGCCUGGUUUGUCGCGAUUUAACGGAAUCGUAAAAGGAACGGCAAAAGGAUGAGCAAAGAUCAUUCGUUUGUCGUAACGAGCACUGAUUAUCCAGGGAAAUAAUUAAACCGCGAAACGAUAUGAAAACGCGAUAUAUAAGUUUCCGCGUUUGGUUUGGACGAUCGUAAACGAAAUGUGGCCAUUUAAUCGCGAUAAUUCGAAAGUUCGACGCGCAUUGUGAAAUUCUCACGAGCACGUUCUUUUUCAUUUAUUCGAGUGAUUUUCAAUGGAACAUCGAUCCAUUCUAAUAUUUAGAGUUUCGUUGAAUAUUCUGAACUUUCAUUGGAACUUGCAUCGAUAAAAUUAUCGAUGAUCUCUUCUGAAAAUUGAAGUGUUCGCCGUCGUGUUAUGAUUAAACGCAACUGACAAAUGUUCACAUUGCGCGACGUUGUUCCCAUAGAGAAAAUCGCCGAUUUUCCAACAAGCGAGACAUUAUUUUUCCGGAUAUCGAUCGUUAUCGGUAGACCGCGGAGUUUUAUGCGUUUAUAGAAGAUUUGCGGAUGCAGAGAUGCACAGAAUUCGCACAACAUUGCGAACAUAGAUAAAAUAACCGAAGUAAAGCACCGUUUUUAAUAUUUACCAGAUAAAACGAUUCUCUAUCAAAAUUCUCAUUCUUUUUUUCUUUUUUAAUUAUCUUCGUAAAAAUAUGAAUUUACGUAAAUAUAUCCGCGGUUUUUUUCCACUUAUCAACGUUUCGUUUCUUCAAGAUCCUACGGACCAUCGAUACUCGCUAGGUAAAGUAUUUGAUAUUGAUCCGCAAGGGGCGAGUUAAACGUGUAAAUAGAGUUAAGAAAACUAGAUCUUAAAUCCUAGUGGUACGUUAAGCAAUAAGCUGCGCUGAUAACGAUACAUAUCAAGAAUUGCCUGACCGAUGUUCUCAGUGUCGAUCCACGACAUUACACACCGAACGAAGAAUAAGAUCGAAGCACAAUUUCGAGGCUCGAUACCUUUUUCAUUUACGUAGGAAAAUAAUAACACGAAACACAGGGAAACGGAAUUUCUCGGUUCUUUCGCCACUCGAUUUCACUGAAUUCUACGUCGAAAGAUUAGCCUGCGUCGUUCGCUGUCUAAUGAAUUUUCAUUGGGAAAUCGUAUUAAAAAUAUUUUCUUGCGAAAUCUAAUGCGUACUGUAGCUUCGACCGAAGCAUCGGCAAACGAAAUAUAUAAAUUCGGAUAUUUGCGAUUGCAAAUUACGUUUUUAUCGCGGUUCGUUAUUUAAGGGUUUACUUCUGGCAAACAGAGUAUCGCGAAAGCUCGAAAUUUCCGUUGUUCCGAAUAAUUUCUGCAAAAUGGCAAACAGAUACAAAGUGAAUUUUUCACUAGUAACGGCAAAUAUUACUCGUAAACGGUAUUCUAUGUGUAAAAUCGAACGAGAGUAGCGCAAAGGUGAAUUUCCCGAGAAAAUGUUCAACUUAUAUGCGAUAUAUAGAAACAACAAAUCAAACCUGUUUUAAUCGAUUUAUUUCGACUUGCAAAUUCGCUGAAAGUAGUCUGUGUAUAUAAAAGAAAUAUCCAGUCGAGAAGUAUCGUAAAGAACAUACUGUGGCGAGCAGGAAAACAAAUUUGAAAGCUUAUUUUAUUGAUAAUCGUAUUACAGUUUUAGAGAACGGAAUUCUAUUUUGCAAGAGUGAAACGAAUAAACAUAGUAUACAUAUCAAACUAGUUAAUCGUUGGUAACAAUGGUGAAAAGUAUCUAGCUCAAAGUUACAAAAUAGAUCUUCGUACGUAAGGUAUCAUUUCUUAACUUUAUUUUUAUCGCAGUUGUAUAGCUCGAAAGCGAGUCGAAAGUUAGAAGAGUGAAUUAUCUAAAGCGAAAGUGUAACCGUGGAGAAACCAAGUUACACGAAAGCGGACACGUUAGAUAAUUAGAACUAGACGAAGAUAUUUUGUUAUUCCAGUAGACUGAAGAUAAUCCGCGAAAUAAAAAGCAGUAUUAAGCCGAUAUUUUCCCCUCCGUUACACGUGAACCACCCCCGUGUGUCGCGUGAUUUAUGAGCGUAAUAAGGAGACUCGUUGACUGGAUCAACGAUAUAUGGCAACCGACCGACAAAUGUAAAAAGUGUAUAAACGAUUACGUUAGAAAUCCACGAGACGAAUGAAAGAACGGUAAACAGCGGAAAAGGCAAACGUGAAAUUUUAUUUCUGAAACGGAUAUGCGCUAAAUGAAGCUAAGCUGGCGGGAAAUGAUUGCAUCGACGUCGCGAGGAGAGCGAGUUAAAAGCGAGAGGGAUAAAGAGAAAGUGGAACGGAGAAGAAGAAAGAUGGAAACACAACAAUGGGCCAUUUUAUCGAAAAAGCCGGAGAAAAAGAGCGCCGUGAGGCAAUGCCACUUUUGUCCGGCUCGCAUUUUCGCUAGGCCCUCGAGAGACUGGCCUUUGACAGAGUACAAAAGGCUAUUGUGCGAUGACCCGUUAAAAAUCGUUGUCCGCCUAAUCGGCCGAAGGUUGAUUCGAUAAAACGCUAAAGGGCAAGCCGGCGAAAUUUGCAUCUCGGUACACGCAGCCCGCGGUGCAGUAAAUCCGGACCUCGAUAAAAUUCCCCGUCGACAGUCGACAGUCUCGGCUUCGCUUUUCCGCACUUUCCCCUCCGUUUUUCCACGACCUUUCCUAUCGGCUCGAUUAAUUUCACCACCGCGACAGACCGCAGGGACGAUCGCGGCUACAAACGAUGUCCCGAUUAUUUUUAUUCAUUUGCUUAUUUGUUUAGUUCUCCGUCGACUUGUCGACUUUCGUGUCCACGCUUGUUUCGCGUAACACGAAACGAAGCUCGGUUCGAUGUUUUCUCCUUCCUUUCGAUACGUGCAAGCUUACGCGCAUUCUCGUCGAUCUUUAAAUCCGUUUCGAUGCGAGAUUCUGUGAUUUUUUAUUGAUUUUGAUUUGUUUCAAGGAUUAGACAAUUAUUUAGCUAUUUUUAAAGUUGAAAUUUACCUUCUGCGAGUUAUAAAUUAAUAGUAACUUUGUUCAGUCGUAUAAUAUAAAACAGGCAAGAUUUUAGAAGUAAAAUUUACACAUUACGAAUCGGGUAAUCGCCUUAUUCGACCUAAAGUUAAAGCGGAAUAAUCUACAGCCUGAGGUAAUUUGUCAAAUCGCUAAUACGAUUGCUAAAUUACGACACGAUCGUUCUCAACGUGUAGAUCUUUCAGAUAGAGUUCGUAGAUUUUUGCUUUUUACAUGCAUCUGUUAGAUCGCGUGCUUGCACGAAUAGAAAAUUCUGUUCGAUCACAAUCGGUUGCUUGAUAUUUUAGUAUAAUUGUAAUUAUAUGUAAUAAAUAGCUACAAUUAUCGUGUUUCGCGCGAAACUGACAUGUGUUCCAAUGCUUACGAACGAGAGCGUAGUAUCUGCUCUCGUCAUCGAUGCUGGCACGAUUAAAAAAACUGAAACUUCGUAGGACAAUCGUUUAAAAAAUUUCCAUUCUCAGAGACGAAAUAGACUUUUAGACGCAUGCGAAAGCGAACUCUUGUAAUUUGCAUUUAUUCUGAAGCACGGAAUCGCCUAUCGGUUGCAGUACCUCUUUCGGUAAAUAAAAGCGUUAUAAAUAAACGUAAACACGCGUUUAUUCGCAGUCGUUGCACGAGUUACGACGAGUCGACGUUUAACGUUUGGUUGGUCGAAGUUGCGCAAUUUUGAGUAGCGCAUGACGCUCGGCUAGGCGAUUACUUAGAGACAUCGCGCGCUGUUGAUAUUGGUAGCUCAGCCAAAAGAGCAGAUCCUGGUUAAAUAACCAUAGUAGUGGAAGUUGCUUGGUACCGAGAAAGAGGGUUGAUAUAAUAUUUGCCACUCUCAUGAUUUGUUCAGUAGGAGAGCGUGUAAUCAAAGCGGCUAGCCCCGAAGGAAGCAGAAAACGCGCUUCUUUAGUAGAAAAGUUGGUAGGGUACGGUAGAUUAAAGAAAAUAUUUUCCCCCGAUCACCCGACUUUGUUAUUCUCCGUCGUAGACGAUCGAGAAAUUGUAGGUAGCGCUUGCAAAUUUCCCCAACACGAAUACUUUUUCAUAGGAUUACGCGUCAUAUAUAUUUUCCCUGUGUUCGAUGUUUAUUCGAUCUAUUUGGACGCGGACCAUGCGACAAGGAAAUUCAGUGAAACUCGAGUGGGCUUAUUUCGCGAUCAACGAUUCCAUUAAGCAAGACUGCCCGUGCGUAGCUCAGGUAUCGAAUCUCGAAUGAAUCGAACCGAUUGCCCAAAUUCUGGUGGAUCGCGUGCGAUCGAACCGACUACCUUAGCGCUGUAUCAAACUAAACGCUAUAGUUCAAAACGAAUACAUAUCAUUAGUUCUUAACGAGGCGCGACGUAAGUAUAGCUGUAAUAAAAGAGAACGAGGACAAAAGAGAAACGAUAACAUUAACAACUAAUUUAUUACACAUUUACCGCAUCUUAUAUACAUAAUAUACAUACAAAUUGAUAUAUAUGUAUAUAUAUAUAUUGUAUAUACGGGAUAUAUGUAUUAUAUAUAUAAUAUAUAUAUAUAUUAUAUAAUAUAUACACGUGCAUACAAAUCGGCGAAUAGGAGAUAAGGUUUUGCUAAGACGAUAAUCGUAUCGACGAUCGUAUGGAUCGCGAAAUAAUAGGGGAAAUCGGACGAAAGGGAAGGCGUAGAUCGCGAUCCACGCGAUCGUCGUCAACUGUACAGCGACGUUGAACCGAAAGAAAAAGGACGAUAUUCUAUCGACAAAAAUCCAGACAGUAUUUUAAAAUGUCAUAGAUAGCUUAGUUCUCUACGUAUUAAUAUAUCUAUUCCUACACAUACUUACAUCACUCUCACACGUACACAGCGAGCACAGGAAAAAUCGUGUUGCGAAAAUCGACUAGAAGAAGGUGGUAGGUUUAUCGCUGAUCGAUUUCUGUCGGCGAAGGAAACGAUAUUAUCCGCAGGCAAAAUGAAGACGCGUGCUCGCGCACAAAUACACAGAAAUACCGACACAAGAUACAGGCGUACACGCGUACACACAAGGAAUAUUAUAUCGUUGUCGAUGUCCCAAGAUUGUUAAACCGGAAACGCGAUCAUCGACACCCCGAGAUCGCUCGGACGACGACGUGUCGCGUUUCCGAUCGUGUAAUUCACGUUUCAAUGAUAUUUAUUAUUUUUUAUAAUAGCGUAUACCGUGUAUGUGUUUUCUGUCGUGAUUACCCACGUUUCUCCUUACCUCGAUAGAUGUUUAAUAACGCGGAUAGGAGACAAAGGAACAACGACGAACGGAGCGAGAAACACGAAGAAGAGGAAUGAGGAGGAAAAAGAGAUUCGGUCCUGUGCAUGGCGUCGAAUCUCGUUCUUCCAUUCUGUAGCAAAACGCUCCGUCGAAACGUUGCUCCUUCUCCCAGCCCUCCCUCCAGGAGUCUUAUUAAUUCCCUAAUUAUUGUGUUGUUACUUGAAAAUCAUUAGGCCGCGAUAACGAACCGCGGGCCCGAUUGUUUAACUGCAUAUAUGAUCGUCGACCCUGGUCGUUGUCUACGUAACCCUUUCGCUGCACGGAUGCUUCUUAACCCUUCUUAAUCGCCCAAAGAGACAAGCUUUCGCGUCCGACAGAAGAAUAAAGCUUCGAAAAGAAGAAAAAAAAAAAA